UUGAAGACUCUAACAGGUUGUGUUAGUGUAAUGCAAUAUCGUCAAAAAAUGAGAUAAUUAUUUGAUACUUAGCUUCUAGUGUCUAAUAUGAUCUCUGUGAUAUCGUUUGAAAUGCCUCUAUCAUAUUAUUAAACAAUCAAAUGAGAGAAAUUUUUAUCGUUGAACGUAAAGAGGCAUAUAAUAAAAUACAUGUUUAGAUAGAAAUACAAAAAUAACUAAACAGGAAUAUUAAUGGAUAAUGCAGAGUAGUAUACGUUUAGGUAAUUAUCUCGUUCGAGUUUGUUAAUUACUCGCGAGAAUUGUGUUUUGUACCUGUAUAGGAUAUAUUGAGAUUUCAUUUGAAGUUUAACGUGCCUAAGACAUGUGCCUAAUUUUUCUUAAUUAUCUUAUUAAAACAUCAUGUGGAUUAAAACUAAUGAAUAUAUAAGAAAGUGACACGUACGUUUUGUGUACGUAACUUUUGAGAUUACGGGAAUUAAUGAGAAAUUUAUGAAGUUAAAUGCAAUUUAACUUGAAAUGUGCAGUAUAUAUAUAUAUAUACGAAUUUAAGACGACGUUCUUAGGUUUAAACUGCGUAGUAUCACAAUAGUCGAACAAAAAAUAAACUUUCGACAAAAUUAGGUGCUUUUCAUGACUGCAAGCGGGCCAAAUUUUGCCGCUAUAAUACACUAAGUGUUUAUAAAACUUUUUCGUGGUAAUAGAUGGCUAAGCAGAUCUAAACUAUUCUUUACGAUGAAUGAAUAAAUAAAUACUCAAGAGAUAAUACAAGAGGUACAAUUUCUUUUCCUCGAUUUAUAAAUAAGUACUACUCCAAAUCCUUACGACAUACACAAGUUUUAAAUGCGAGAAGAGAGACACAGGUAUGCGCUAAGAGAAAGGAGAGAGAGAGCGAGAGAGAGGGAGAGAGAGAGAGAGAGCUACAUUAAUUAAACACAAAAUAUGGUAUAAGAUUAUCAAAGUACUUUUUAUUGUCCAACGAUGAAAACGAUUUCGUGUAUACGGUAAUCAUCCUUGUAAAUAUCCUGCUUAAGAUAUAUUUUGACUCAAAGAUCACGAUACAUCAUCAGCCUCAGGAACAACAGCAAUGUGGUAUCAACGAAAUGAAAAACGUCUUUAGCGUUGAAAGCAGCAACACGUUGAUGAAUGAUCCAUUGGAUGUAGCAAAGAUGGAAAAUGCCGAAGCAAUGAUGCCUGAGGAAACGAUACUUCGAUGCACUUUCUGUGGUGACGUAUUCGUCAACGAACACGCUUUAGUUUUACAUCUACAAAGUCACGAACAGGUACCGGAUGAAUCGUUUGUUUGCGAGCACUGUGGUUGCAAUUAUCCAACGUCAUUAGCACUGGUAGAACAUCAGGAGGAACACGCGACACCGGAAAAAAACUACAGUUGCGAAUUUUGCGAUUAUGUCACUAUACAUCGACACAGUCUCGUUAUUCAUAAAAAACGUCACAAUCCUGAAUUAAGGUUUCAAUGCGAGAUCUGUGGUCUUGAUUUCACGACACGUAAUAGCUAUCAAGAUCACCAACUGUUGCAUUCUCGCGAAAAACCAUUUCAAUGCGAGAUUUGUAAUGCAACGUUUCGUUAUUGUCAGGGUCUUAGACUGCAUGCUAAACUUCAUCAGCCUGAUUACAUUCCACCUCAGAAGAAACAUCAUUGCGAAUUGUGUAAUAAGCGUUUCUCUAGAAAACAAGUAUUAUUAGUACAUAUGAAGACACAUGGAAACGUUGGACCGUCCAAUGAAUAUGUCUGUCCUAUCUGUGGUAAGGCUGUCUCCAGUAAAACUUAUUUGACGGUACACUUGCGUAAACAUACCGGCGAGAAACCACACGUUUGUGAUUUUUGUGGGAAAGGUUUUAUAUCGCAAAACUAUUUAAGUGUUCAUCGACGUACCCAUACGGGCGAACGACGUCAUAAGUGUACACAUUGUGAGAAAAAAUUCACACAACGUACCUCUUUGGUUGUACACUUGCGUGGACAUACCGGGGACAGGCCGUAUCCUUGCACUUAUUGUCACAAGUCUUUUGCUUCUAAGACCAUGCUGAAUUCUCAUUUGAAGACUCACGCUAAACAAAAUGCACGGCAACAACAAGAACAGCAAAGAAGAGAAUUGCAACAGCAACAAUAUCAACAACAGCUUCAACAACAUGAACAACAAUCUCUUGAUACUGUGACGAUUUUGUUGCCGAGUUAAAAUAAUACUAAACGAUUGGCUCGAAAUGUUGUUUCAUUUAAAUAAUUAGGAAUUUUUUCAUUGUUUAAAUUUGUUUUUAUUUUUAUGUUAUGUUUCUUCACAUCGUUAUACGUCAAAGACGUAAAUUUGUUAAAUUUUCACUUUAGGGACCACGUGAAAGUACAAUGUUAAUACUGACACUAAAUUUAAAUUUAAAUUGUAAUAUUAUCUAUUAUUUAUUAUAUUUUAUUUUAAAUUAUUUAAAAAAAAACAACAAUUUUACGUGCUCUAUGAGAAUUUGUGAAAAAAAGGAUAAGUAAUAAUCUAAGUGAUGAUUAUCCAAGUUAUUAUCUUUUGUUUUAUUGAAGAUUAUUUAUUGUAUUUCUUAUUGCUAUUAAAAAAAUUAUUUUGACAGAUGUUAUUAACUUGGCCUAUUCCAAGUGUUGAGCCGUCCAUAUUGUCUUUAAUUUUUAUGCAUACACUAUUUAUCUUUAAUACUCAAUUUUGCUUCUAGUUAUUGUAGUAGACUUAGAAUCAUGCAUACUCGUAUUUCGUUCCUAUUUCUAUAGCGAUAAUCAAUUAAUUUAAUGCCACUUUGUUUAUUCGAGCGUUAAUAGAAGUUUCUAUCGAAUACAUUUUUCUUUUGAAUGAUUAAAAAUUAUAGUGCCUUACUAUCGAGAUAUUCUCGAUUAUGUCAUAUAUUUCUAAUAUUGUAUUUUACAGUGCACGUAUACAUUUGUUCAUAAUUAUCAACAAUAAUAAUAAACAUAAUAAUUAUAAAUUACACGGAAAUUUCCAAGUGGCAGAAAAAAAAACAAGUAGAACA